AUGUCGACAACUCGCUUCCUCUCCGCGCUCUUGGCGAUUCUCGCCUUGUCAUGCCUAGCGGCAGACGCCCGAAAACUACAAGAAGCGGACCCCGCAGUCCCGGCAGUGGAGCCGCAGACAGUGGAAACCACCCCCCUCCCCGGAACUCCCAAGCUCGCGAGCAUCGCCGUCGCGCCGAACGCGAAAGCGAGCAGCCCCGUAGUGCCCACGACGACCGCGCCCACCCCCAAGGGGAAGGCCCCCGGCGGUAAGGUCGCUCCCGCCGGCGGAAAGCAGCAGGGCCCUGGAACGCCCAAGCAGGGCGCAGCAGGCGGCGCAGGAGCGCCCAAGACGCACCCCGCGCCGGUCCCCGGGGGAGCACAGCACAAGGGGAAGCCGCUGGGGCGCGAGGUGAUGCAGGUGGGAACCGUUCUCCGCGGAUCGUCUGUCGUGGGCGCCGCGCCCGGCGACGCGAACGCGGCGGGCAACGCGAUCAUGACGGUGUAUAAGAACGGCCCGGUGGUGAACAUCAAGUAUAUCGUCGCCGUGCGGAAGCUGUCCGUCGCGGGACUGCCCACAGGCGCGACGAUCAACAUGGCCGCCAGCGACGCGACGGGGCGGAACAGUGCCAAG